AAGGACCUCUGGACGGGGACAAUGAACUUUGUGCUUCAGACAGUAAAAGCUUGACGAAAACCUUACAAUGGACUUUUUCAACUCUGCUCUUGGGAGAAACAUCACUUUUGUGCGUCCUGCAUAUUUCAUAAUAAGUGGACUUUCUGGUAUACCUCAUAUCAAGUUUUACUAUGUCUUUCUCUUCUUUGUUUAUAUUGUUUCAGUGCUGGGGAACACAGUUGUGAUGGCAGUAAUAUACCUGGAUCAUAAUCUGAGGACUCCAAAAUAUAUUGCAGUUUUUAACUUAGCGUUUGUGGACCUGUUUGGUAACUCUGCUUUGGUGCCGAAGCUUCUUGACAUUUUUUUGUUCAACCAUAGCCACAUCCCUUACAACGACUGCCUGACAUUUCUUUUUUUCUGCUACACCUGCCUCUCAAUGCAGGCUCUUAAUCUGGUUGCACUCUCCUAUGACAGACUGAUUGCUAUCUCCUUCCCACUACAUUAUCAAGUGAGGGUGACCAACAGAUCCAUGCUAUCUUUGAUUGCAUAUUUCUGGCUCUUUGUCAUUACUAUUAAUCUUAUUGCAGUUGGCCUUCUUACGAGACUUUCCUUCUGUAACUCUGUGGUUAUUAACAGCUAUUUCUGUGACCACGGCCAGAUUUUCCGGCUGGCUUGCAAUGAUUAUACACCCAGCUUUAUUACUAGCAUUUUGUUUCCACUUAUUAUUCUUUGGCUUCCACUGAUAUUUAUCUCGUUUAGUUAUCUAUAUAUUGGUUAUGCACUGUCUAAAGUGGCCACGGUUCAGGAAAGAAUGAAGGCCUUAAAAACCUGCACAUCUCAUCUGUCAUUAGUGGCAAUAUAUUUCCUCCCCAUAUUAAUCACAUUUACCAUGGGGGCAAGUAUUCAUCCACAUGCCAGGAUCAUAAACUUGUCUCUGACCUCUGUCUUUCCUCCCAUGUUGAACCCAAUCAUUUAUGUUCUGCAGACACAAGAAAUCAAAGAAUCUGUUAAAAAGCUGUUUAAAAUCAGAGUGCAAACCAAAAUCACCGUUAGAAAAGUAACCAUAAUGUGAGCAAUUGUUAAUGCUGUUAGGCUUCAGUUUAUGGCUUCAUUUAGAAUAUUCUGAAAGAAACACCAUUUUAUUUUGUAACUUCAUACAAAUGUCUGAG